UGUAAUUUAACUUGAAGAAUUACUGAGCAUUGCAAGAUCUCUUUUUUCAUUAUAACUCUGUGAUCUUUAGGUGUCAGUGGCAGACUGGUACUUCUUGCUCUGAAUUAUACUAUUCAGAUCUGAUUAGCAAAAUACUUUGAUGUUAUGCUGUAUUCAUUAUCAUGGAUUUUGAUAAAGAAUAAGCUUGACACCUUUUCAAGCAAUUGGAAUCAGAUUCUGGGUAAUCUAUUGAUUCUCUAUACUCUUUUAGCUGCACUUGGUUCUACUGGAAUUAAAUUUUUCUGGUUAAUGCAGUCCACUUUCUUGUUGGUUCUGUUAUAAUUAUGAUGUUGAAUGAUGGUCAGGAAAUUUUCUGCGGAUCUGAUAGAUCAUAUAUCAUUUCAUGACAGUGCUCUCAAAGCUUGUUCAAAUUUCCUUUAUGAAUUAUCUCUGCCCUGAUAUCUGAAUGUAACGUUCAAUUAUGGUGAUGCUUUGCAUUUACAUAGACGAGAUGGCAUAAUGUUUGCAUGUAAAUUUUUCAGGGAACCAGAACAAAGGAAAGAAUGGUGAAGAUUUGCUGUAUUGGAGCUGGAUAUGUGGGAGGCCCUACAAUGGCUGUGAUAGCACUCAAAUGCCCUGAUAUUGAAGUGGCUGUUGUUGAUAUUUCUGUCCCGCGCAUCACUGCUUGGAACAGUGAUACACUUCCUAUCUAUGAGCCAGGACUUGAUGAGGUAGUGAAGCAGUGCCGGGGCAAGAACCUAUUCUUCAGCACAGAUGUGGAGAAACAUGUGUUUGAGGCUGACAUAGUAUUUGUGUCAGUCAACACCCCUACUAAGACUCGAGGUCUUGGAGCUGGCAAAGCUGCAGAUUUGACAUACUGGGAAAGUGCAGCACGUAUGAUUGCCGAUGUAUCAAAAUCUGAUAAGAUAGUGGUUGAGAAGUCUACAGUUCCGGUCAAAACGGCUGAGGCCAUUGAAAAAAUCUUGACCCAUAACAGCAAGGGAAUUAAUUAUCAGAUUCUUUCCAACCCAGAAUUCCUUGCUGAAGGUACUGCAAUUCAAGAUCUUUUCAACCCAGACAGGGUUCUAAUCGGAGGCAGGGAAACCCCAGAAGGCAACAAGGCAGUUAAAGCACUUAAGGAUGUUUACGCUCAUUGGGUUCCUGAAGAUCGCAUCCUCACCACUAAUUUAUGGUCAGCAGAACUGUCAAAACUUGCUGCAAAUGCAUUCUUGGCCCAACGUAUCUCGUCAGUGAAUGCAAUGUCAGCUCUCUGUGAAGCCACUGGAGCAGAUGUUUCCCAGGUGGCUUAUGCUGUUGGCACAGACUCAAGAAUCGGUCCCAAGUUCCUCAACGCCAGUGUUGGUUUUGGUGGUUCCUGCUUCCAGAAGGACAUUCUGAACUUAGUUUAUAUUUGCGAGUGCAAUGGUCUCCCUGAGGUUGCAGAAUACUGGAAGCAAGUCAUCAAGAUUAACGACUACCAGAAGAACCGUUUUGUCAACCGACUUGUCUCGUCCAUGUUCAACACAGUUGCUAACAAGAAAAUCGCCAUCCUGGGUUUCGCUUUCAAGAAGGACACAGGUGAUACUCGAGAGACUCCUGCUAUCGACGUCUGCAAAGGGCUCCUAGGGGACAAGGCCCAACUCAGCAUCUACGAUCCCCAGGUCACUGACGACCAGAUCCAGAGGGACCUCUCGAUGAACAAGUUCGACUGGGACCAUCCCCUUCACCUCCAGCCAAUGAGCCCGACCACAGUGAAGAAAGUGCAUACUGUCUGGGACGCCUAUGAGGCUACCAAAGAUGCACAUGCUGUCUGCAUUCUGACCGAGUGGGAUGAGUUUAAGAAGCUCGAUUUCCAGAGGAUAUAUGACAACAUGCAGAAACCUGCCUUUGUUUUUGACGGGAGGAACGUUGUGAAUGCCGAUAAGCUCAGGGAGAUUGGUUUCAUUGUUUACUCAAUCGGCAAGCCACUGGAUGCGUGGCUAAAGGACAUGCCUGCUGUUGCCUAAAUGCCAUAUCGUUGGAACGGUAAACUACAAUUUAUUCUUUACUACACUUUUGUUGUCAUUUAUAUAUUGGAUCUGUGUUGGUUUUUGUCAGUUGCAGUCUGUAGUAAGAACCAUCUGAGUAUAUUCCUAUGUGGGCUGAAGUUAGAAGGUUCUCACAUUGUAUUAUUUGAUGCUAUUACUUACUGUGUCUUUUACUCAUCUCUCAUAUGUGAUGUAGGAACUCUUUUCCGCUCAUUGUACUUUUAUCUUAUGUCAAGCCACUGUUCUAAUUUUAACGUCAUGCUGUUCGCGAA